AUGGCUGACGACGACAACUUCGAUAUCGACAUCUACGGCGAUGACUCCUACCAAGACUCGACCGCGCAGCAAGACACCACCGUAACCGACGCCAACACUCCCAACACAGAUGCGAACGCUGCGACAUCAAACAACGCACCGGAUACCACGAAGGCGGAAAACGGCGAUCAAGCGAUCAAAGAGUCCACAGAGGACGCAACAAACGGGGAUGGCCAUCAUGACCAGAGCACCCAACAGAUAGCAUCCACAGGGGGUGCGGCUGGCCUCGACGUUCACAAACAAGCACCUCAGCAACAGGGUACAAAGCGCAAGCAGGGUGAGGACGAUGAUCGCCCGACUGAUCCCGGCGCGACCGCAGCGCUUAUGAUCAACGACGUAAACUGGUGGAUCAGCGAAGAAGACAUCCGCGGAUGGGCUAAUCAGAGUGGUUGCGAAGACGAACUUGUCGAGGUAACCUUCAAUGAGCACAAGGUCAACGGCAAGAGCAAAGGUCAAGUCUUCGCUCUUUUGAACUCACCCCAAGCAGCCACUGCUUUGAAGCACCAGAUCGAGAACCUCUUCCGAGACCAAGCCCACACGAAGAAGCCGACCGCCAUCUUCAGUCCUCCACACGUCAAUCCGUUUAAGACACUACCAAAGGAUGUCCCCGCGCGCGACAAGGGUAGGAACGAUCGCGCUACUUCCGGCAACUACGGCAACCAAGGUGGAUAUAACAACAGAGGCGGAUACAACAACAACCGUGGCAACUUUAACAGAGGAGGCAUGGGCUACCAAAAUAACCGUAACUUCUCUCCUGCUGGUGGUAACAUGGGCGGCAACAUGGGAGGCUACGGGGCUCAAGCACCAAUGGGCAACUUCGGCAACCCUAUGGGCGGUAUGAACAACUUCGGAGGCGGCUUCAACCGCGGUGGUAUGAUGGGCGGUAAUAUGCGCGGCGGCAUGGGCAAUCGUGGUCGUGGUGGCAACAUGGGCAUGAACCCUAUGGGCGGGAACCCCAUGGGUGGCAUGAACAUGCCUAUGGGCGGUAACAUGAUGGGCAUGGGAGCCAACAUGAUGGGUAUGGGUGGUGGCAACAUGGGCAUGAUGGGAGGAAUGGGAGGUGGCUUCGGCGGCAACCCAGCAUUCAACCCAGGGUUCUUCCAAGGCAACCAAGGCGGCAACGAUGGCAGCUGGCAGAACCCGCACGGUGCCAAGAGGCCCCGCCCCGAGUAG